CCCAUGAAAUUAGCAGAAUGGUCAACCGUGAUACUACAGAUGGCACGCCUGUUGAUUGAGCGCGGACGGAUUGUUGAUGCGCUGCUGGUAGCACCUGCGAACAUGACACAGAACAACGACAAACACAAAUUCAAACUGCUGUCGAUGGCGCUUGCCUUCUACCUUCAGGAAUCCAAUGUCUUCAUGACGGGUCUGAAGGCGCAUAUGAAGAGGUCGCCGCAGAUCUACGGCCCAGCCAACAUCUAUUCGGAAAUCCAGCGUUGGGCGAAGGACGAGGUGCAGGUACAACGACUGCUCGAACGUCACGCUUCGCGAUACACAUCCGUUCCGAUGGCGCUGAUGCUGGGCAACAGUUGCCUACAGAGUGGUGCACUGGCACUCGCACUCG